AUGACAUUUUUUUCUUGCAACCUCUCUCUUUUUCUUAUAUUCAUUUUAACAUCAUCCUUCCAUUUUUGUUUCUUUUACUCCUUUCAUUCAUCUUGCCAAUUUUUGCGAUUCUUUUACAUUCAUUUUUUUAUAAUUUAUCUUUUUACCUCCUAUCCAGUUUACUCUUUUUCUCAAAUACUCUUUUCCAGAAUCUACAAAAUCCUUCAUUCUUUUGUAUUUCUUUAUUCAUUUCUUCCUCAACUUAUUCUUUUCUUAAAAAGUAUUUCCAUUUUCUUCACCUCCAUUGCUAAACAGUUCUCCUCACUUCUAUAUACUUUACCUCCAUUUCUCUUGUUACUGGUCACUGCUUUUUUACUUUCUUUUUAUUUCUUCACUUCUUCCUUAACCUAUUUCUUUCUUAAAAGAUUUGUUUCACCAUUUUCUUCAUCUCCAUCUCUAAGCAGUUCUCCUCACCUCUCUCAUUUCUGCUUUUAUUUUCUUUUUUCAUUUUUCAACUCUUUAUCAUUAUUCAUCUUUGCUACUAAAUUUAUUUGUGUUCUUCUUUCUCUCUAUUUUCUUCUUUCUCUUUCUUCUUUGUCUUUUCUUUCUAUCUUUUUCCUUUCUUUUUUCACUUCUUUUAUUGUUAUUCCCAUUUCUAUCCUCCUUUUCAUUUUCUUUAUUAAGAUUUUUUUAAUUCACAAAAACCCUAUUUUGUCUACUUCCAUAAAACUAUUUUUUCCUAAUACAGUCUGA